AUGUCCGAAACACCGUCCGGAAGCGGCUCCUUGGAAGACCGCAUCUCCAAGCCAGAGUCUACCUCAUGGGCAGAUGAAGUUGCCUCUCCUGCAACCGAGAAUCCACCCCCAGUCGCAAACAUGGCAGAGAAAGAGCCGGAGUCAGUACCGCAGAACAACGGACAAGUCGACGGAGCUACAGAGCCUUUCGGCGGAUCGCAGCUGGAGGAGCCCGACUUCGAAGUAGAGGUCAAAUUGGCAGACAUGCAGGCCGACCCUAAUAACCCCCUCUACUCGGCCACUUCGUUUGAGCAACUUGGGCUCAACGAAAACAUCCUCAAAGGCGUUGUGAGCAUGAACUUUCGAAAACCAUCAAAAGUCCAAGAGAAGACUCUUCCUCUCCUCCUGAUGAAUCCUCCUCAGAAUUUGAUCGGUCAAUCUCAGUCUGGUACUGGCAAGACCGCCGCUUUCGUGUUGAAUAUCCUACAUCGUCUCGAUCUUAGCAAUGAUCAAAUGCGCAAGACCCCACAGGCACUCGUUUUGGCUCCCAGCAGAGAGCUCGCUCGUCAGAUCGAAGGUGUUGUGAAGGUUAUGGGCUCUUUCGUGGAUGGUCUGAUUGUGGCUGCUGCCAUUCCUCAAGAUGCAGCAAGCCGCUCGCGGAAAAUCGAAGCGUCUGUGAUUGUUGGAACUCCCGGCACGGUCAUGGACAUGAUUCGCAAGCGAUCCAUGGACGUCAGGUCCGUCAAAGUCUUGGUGCUCGAUGAAGCAGACAACAUGCUGGAUCAACAAGGUCUCGGUGACCAGUGCAUCCGGGUCAAGUCGAUGCUCCCGAAAAACAUCCAAAUCGUUUUAUUCUCUGCCACAUUCCCGGAAAAUGUCGUCCUAUAUGCCGAAACCUUUGCUCCAGGCGCAAAUCAGUUAACUCUCCAACACAAGGAUUUGACGGUCGAAGGUAUCAAACAGAUCUACCUUGACUGUGACAGUGACGAGGCCAAGUAUGAAAUCUUGGUCAAAUUCUACGGUCUCAUGACGAUCGGCUCGUCCAUUAUCUUUGUCAAGACGCGAGAAACGGCACACAACAUUGAGCGACGAAUGUCUGCUGAAGGCCACAAAGUGGUAUCUCUAACUGGAGGAAUUGAAGGAGCGCAGCGCGACGUCAUCAUAGACUCAUUCCGCAUGGGUCAUGCCAAGGUCCUCAUCACGACCAACGUCCUCGCCCGUGGGAUCGACGUGCAGUCCGUGUCGAUGGUUGUCAACUACGAUGUGCCGGACAGAUUUGUCGGUGGCGGUCGAUACGUCGCAGAUCCUCAAACAUAUCUUCACCGUAUCGGUCGAACUGGUCGAUUUGGACGCGUGGGCGUGGCUGUGACGUUCGUCAGCAGCCGAGACGACUGGCAGAAGCUGAUGGAGAUUCAGAAAUACUUCAACACGCACAUGACCAAGGUCUCUACGGAUGACUGGGACGAGCUUGAGGAGCAGGUGUCAAGGAUCAUCAAGAGCUCAAGAGCGGGUGCCAAUUUUACGGAUGGUGCAAACAUGAAAAUUCAGUCGUGA